AACACCUUAAAUUCUUUUAUGAAAUGGUCACACAGUGAGAGAUUUUUCAUACAUGAGUUGAAGAAUCUAAUUAAUAUAAUUAAUAGCAUAUGAUCUUAUUAUCUUAAAGUCAUCUAACGGAGAAACAAUAACCACUAAUGGAACAAACACGGCUGCCUGCAGGGAGUGUGAAGAUGACGUUAAAAUUUUACACAAUUUCCAUUUUGCAGUCGUUGGUUAGUGCUUAAUAGUUAAUGGUUCUCAACUAACGAAAAGAAUUAUAUUCCCUGUUUGGCUAUUUGUUUAUAGGGUGGAUAACAUGCCAUAUCCAGCUCAUUCCACCUUUACACUACCACCAUUUCUCCCCAUAUAAACUCUCCUUCACCCAUUCACCAAACAACUCUUAAUUAACUCCCAUCAACUCUACACAAACAAAUUCCCAAUGUCUUCAUUCCUCCGUCUCUCACUCCUCCUCACACUAGUAGCCACACUGGGCUGGACCCAAUGUCGGGCUCAAUCCGCACCCGGCCCAGCACCCGUCGGCCCAGCCAACCUAACCGCCAUUCUAGAAAAAGGAGGUCAAUUCACAUCCUUCCAACGCCUUCUAACAUCCACCCAAGUAUCCAACCAAAUCGCAAACCAAAUAAACUCCUCAUCCGAAGGUUUAACCGUUUUUGCUCCAACCGACAACGCCUUCCAAAACCUUAAACCAGGUUUAAUCAACGACCUUUCCGUACAACAACAAGUACAACUCGUACUCUACCAUGUACUCCCCAAAUUCUACAGCUUCGAUGAUUUUCAAACUGUCAGUAACCCAGUUAGAACCCAAGCUACCGGUCAAGACGGUGAAGUUUUUGGGCUAAACAUCGUUUCAAUCGGUAACCGACAGGUGAAUGUAUCAACCGGAGAAGUUACUACGCAGGUUAAUAACGCUUUAAGGGAGACAAAACCGUUAGCAGUUUAUCAAGUGGAUAAGGUUUUGAUUCCUAAAGAUUUUACUAAAGCUAAAGCUCCUAAGAGUGCUCCUGAACUUAGUCCGUCUUCUCCAAAGUCUGGGGAGUCGAAACCGGAUCAUACAGCUGAUGGUCCAUCGAAGGCGGCUGAUGCUGAUUCUGGUAAGAAUGGAGUGUCUGGUUUGAGGAGUUUGGGGAUGGGAUUUGUUGGUGCUGUUGGAAUUGUUACUACUGCUUUUCUUUUCUGACAAGAUUUGUUUUCCUGUUAUUUUGCUGUGUUUUGUAUUUAAAUUCUUUUUUUCUUUUUAUUUAUGUUGUUUUUGAGAUUUUUUGUGGUGUGUUAUUCAUACAGCAAUGUAAUAAUACAAAUUUGAUUUUUUUUUUAUAAAUUUUAUUUUUGAUUUUAUAAUGAUUGGUAACUGAA